CGCAAAGUGAACUGAAGUGAAGUGGCCUCGGCGAAGUUAAAAUCUAAAAACGUAAAGAAGAGAGAGAGUGGAAGAAGAGAAAGAAAGAGAAGAGACUGUGCGAAGUGGUUAUAAGGUUCUUAAGUGCAGUCGUGCGUGUUUUCGGGUAAUGUCUCUCGAGAGUCGUUCGAGUUCAGCCCUAUUUAAAAGGGCUGAACAACUCAAACGCUGGGAACAGUCCGAAACAAAUCGCGAACCGACUCAACCACGUCAGAUUGCACGGAAGAUUAAAUUCUCUGCGGAUUGUGUGUUUCUGGCAGCAUGCGCGGCAGGCGACAAGGAGGAGGUCGUACGUUUACUUCAAAAGGGGGCGGAUAUCAACACCGGAAAUGUUGACGGUCUUACAGCAUUACAUCAAGCAUGUAUCAAUGAUGAUCUGGAUAUGGUCGAAUUUUUAGUGGAAAAAGGAGCUGAUAUCAAUUGUGGAGAUAAUGAAGGAUGGACACCAUUGCAUGCAACUGCAUCUUGUGGAUUUAUAUCUAUUGCUAAAUAUUUAAUAGAAAAAGGAUGUAAUUUGGCAGCAGUUAAUUAUGAUGGUCAAUUGGCUCUUGAUAUUGCUGAAAGUGUUGAAAUGGAAGAUAUGCUGCAACAACAUAUAAGUAAAGCUGGUAUAGAUUGUGAUCAAGCUAGAAGUGAAGAAGAAAGAUCAAUGUUAAAUGAUGCCAGAGCAUGGCAAUCAGGAGUAGCUGGUAAGGAUUCAAUCCAUCCUAAAUCAGGAGCUACUGCUCUUCAUGUUGCCGCUGCUAAAGGCUACAUUGAUGUCAUGGAAAUAUUACUUCAAGCUAGAUGUGAUGUUAAUGCUCAAGAUUUUGAUGGUUGGACACCUUUACAUGCUGCAGCACAUUGGGGACAAUUGGAAGCCUGUGAACUUUUAGUGGAAAACUUUUGUAAUAUGGACAUUAAAAAUUAUGCUGAUCAAACUGCAUUUGAUAUUGCUGAUACAAAUAUAUUAUCAGCCCUGGAGGAAUUAAAAGCAAAACAACAGUUGUGGAUGAAAGAUCACCCACAAAUUAUUAAUAAAAAACAAUCAACUGUACCAAAGAAACGUAUAUCAACAAAUAAUGAAAAUAUUAUAACUACACAAGAAUCUGUAGAAACAUUUGAAGAAGAAACACCAAAUAAAGUUAAAAAGGUUGAAUUAGAAAUUCAAUCUGAUAAAGAAGAUUCUAGUGGAACAAAUAGCGACGUUGCAAUUUGUAUUUCUUGUAACAAUGCUGCAUGGACAGAAGCGACACGUGAAACAGAUAUGGAAGAGAGUGAUGGUGAAGGUGAAUCUGAGACUAGCUCAGACUCACAUUCUUCCACUUACUCCAAUCAAUCUGAUAAGUCUAACGAAUCAAACCACUCUCCAUGUCUUACAGAUGAUGAAAAGAAAAAUAGAGCAAACAGAGAGGAAACAUCAUCGCGUAACACUUCAUCAACAAUUGAUACUAGUAAAGUUCCUAAUCAGGCUCCAAUAAUGCCUCCAAAACAACAGACUGAUAAUGAAGAAGGAAUUAUACCAUCUUGGCGACGAUCUGGCUCUUUUAGAAAUAGGGUACAAAAUACAGAGACAACUCACACUUUAUCUUCUAGACUUGAAGAAAAAGAUAAAAAUAUUAAGUCACCAUCCAUGUCAAAUAAACUUAAUACAGAACCUGAUGUUGUAUUAACAAGAACACAUAGUUUUGAAACAGAUGAAAAGUUUUAUGAGCAGUACUUGGCAUUACGAGCUCGAAUCAAGGCGUUUUCUUGUCCUACUCUCCAUUGCUGCAACGCAGCUACUCCUACUUACACCAAUACUACGACCCGUUCUGCAUCUCUACGCGAAACCCACAGAAGAAAAGAAGCAAAAUUGAAUUUGGAACUCUCAAGACUGCCACAAGGAAGCAAUACACUUUCACCAACAUCUACAUCAAAAACAAUAGUGUCAAGUACACUGCCAACUACAACUACAGCUACUACAACUGCCACAACAACAACUACUACAACAAGUCCUAUUCCAACUAAUCAAAUACGCAGUGUUCAACCAGUGGAAGCUACAACCACAAACAAUUCAGUAGCAGUUCCUGGAACUCCCACUACACCAGGAGGGAGCAAGCUAAGUCCAGGAAAUAUCUUCAAGAAUUUCUUCAAAUCAUUUGUUCCUCCUGUUCGUGAUGAGGAAAGUGAAACACAGAGAAAAGCACAUGCAAAGAGAGUAAGAGAAACUCGACGUUCAACUCAAGGAGUGACAUUAGAUGAAAUUAAAAGUGCAGAACAAUUAGUAAAAAAGAAACAACAAAAUAAUGAAAUUUCUUCUACAAUAUCUUCUACACAGUCUGCAACCACUACCAGCAAUACAGCCUCAGCAGCUACAAUAACAACAGCAACUCCAACUACUGUAACUACAAAUAAGCCUUCUGAAGAACUUAAUUUACCUGAAAGGCGACCUUCUUGGAGGUUAAAAGUGGAUAAUGGAAGCAAGUUUCAGUUAGAAGAUGCUAAUAACAGAACUACUACAUUAUCUAAUCCAGAUACUGCUACAUAUAUGAGAAGACCUUCUGCAGGUUCUAAUGUACCAAGACCAUCAUCAGCUCCAAUUGAAACUAUCGCAACGAGUAGUGCAGAAACAACGGUGACAUUACCACUUAGACGAUCGUUAAAACAAUCUGAAGAUAAAGAACAAGAUAAAGAAAAUGAUAGUAGAAAUGCACAAGCUACACAAGCUGUUAUACAAAGGAGACGAAGACCUAAAAGGAGAUCUACUGGUGUUGUCCAUGUUGAUAUGGAUGAAAUUGAUCCUGAAAAGCAAGACUUAACUGCUGGUGGUGAUUGUGAUGAAUCUAAAAUCAAUCACAAUGAGAGUGGAAACGAUCGUACUGGAAGAUCUAAUAGAUUAGGAUCUAUAUCAUCAUUAUCAUCAGAAGCACCUUCUAUGUCAAUUAGAAUAAAAUCUACUACUUCUGAAAAUGGCGAACUAGAUUAUAAAAAAUUGUAUGAAGAAUCUCAGGCAGAAAAUGAAAGACUCAAAGAAAAGCUUAGGCGAUCAGAUGAACAAUUAAAAGAAACUAGAAAUUUAUUGGAUAAAGCACAAAGUGCUCAAAAUAAAACAGUCCUAUCUGAAGCUGAAAAAAGAGAAAGGAGAGCAAUGGAAAGGAAACUCUCAGAAAUGGAAGAAGAAUUAAAGGUGAUGGACCAAUUGAAAUGUGAAAACCAGAGGCUAAAAGAUGAAAAUGGUGCCUUGAUCAGAGUAAUCAGCAAAUUAUCUAAAUAAUUUCAAUUUUAAAAGAAGGCUGUAUAGCGUUUCUUACGUUACAAUUGCAUUACAAUUGCAUUGAAUGAAUUGUUUUUUAGCUAUAAAAUAUCAUGAUCAUUAUUGCUAGUAUUCUUAUAAUGUAUAUUACAUCAUCACGUUAUUGAUGAAUUUAUUCUUAAUGCUAGUAAUUUAAUUUAUUAUCAAACAAAUUACUCGCGUGGCUGUGCCAAGAGCGAAGAGAGACAUUGCUCCUAUUCUUAUUAUUAUGAAUAGUUGACUAUGAAGGAUUUAGAAUUUUUACUUUCUCACAUUACACUCUUCCUGUCGAAGAUAAAUUUCAUGGUUCAUUUUAGAGCCAAUGCUUUGUAAAACAAAAUGUACUUUGUUCAAAUUGAUAAAAAACAAAUGUUCUUUAUGACAAUUUUUUUUAAAGAAUUCACAUUAUUAAUGUUGACUCUUUAUAAGAACAUUUUGUAAAUAUGUAAUAGGUAAUAAUAACGUGGCAUUUUAGAAUUAAAUAAAAAAAUUUUUUACUUUCAAAAAAACAUAAAAAAUAUCAAAUUUAUUGUCUAAAUUUGUUUCUAUAAUUGUAAUGCAGACGAAUUCAUUAGAUAUUACAAAAUUAAAUAGAACAAUAAAAAAAAAGUGAAGAUAA